AUGGUCAAGGAGGAAUGGAAAGGACUAGGAGAGGCACAGUUCACAGAUAAAUUGAAGGCUUUGACAGCUCCUCUGAAAAGAUGGCAUAAAAAUAACUUUGGGGAUAUGGACAAGAAAAUCAUGAAGUUUGAGGAGAAGAUCAAGAAGAUUGAUGACAUGGUGGGCGAUGGUGUUUAUGAUGGAAUAAUGGAGGCUAGAAGAAAGGCGCUUGUGACUUGCUGUGAGAAUUGGUAUGUAAGGAAGGAGCAAUAUUGGAAGCAGAUGUCACGAUCUAGACAUGUGAAGGACGUUGAUAAGAAUACGAGGUACUUCCACAAUCUAGCUUCUGCGAGAAAGAGAAACAACAAGAUUGAUGCGUUGCUCAUUAAUGGAAGAUUGAUAAGGAAUCAAGCUCGGAUUAAGAUUGCGGUUAGAGACUUCUAUAAGAAUUUGUAUCAUCAGGAAGAGUAUCCUUUGGUGGGGUUCAUGGACGGAUUGGUAGAAAUGAUUGGUGAGGAUGAUGCUUUGGCUCUAGAAGUGCAGCCGAAUCCUCAAGAGAUUAAAGAAGCAGUCUGGGAUUGUGAAUCUUGCAAGGUGCCAGGAAGUGAUGGGUACAACAUGAACUUUAUAAAGAUGUGUUGGGCUGAAAUUGGAUCUGAAUUUACGGCGGCGGUGAUGGAUUUUUUCCUUACGUCCAAGCUGCCAGCGGAUGCGAAUCUCACUUGGGUGGCGUUGGCCCCCCAAGUUCACUGGUGCUAA